AUGUUCCCUGGGUCAAAAAGGUCGAGGGAAGAGAAUAGUGAAGGGGAAGGUGCAAUACAGGAAACCUGCUCCGCCACUUUCCAGCACAUGUCAUUGGAGUUGGAUGAGAUUACGAAAAGUGUCGGCAGCGUUAACGGUGCUGUACUGCAGUCUGUAGUGCGAAAGGCGCAGCAACUUCAGCGCACGUUAGAGGGAUCACGCACUUCAAAUGCCGAAUUAUGGAAGCAGAUGUCGCGAUGCCAAGCGAACCGUGUAGUUACUGCCCUUUCACAUGCUCGUAUUGCGGAUGACUCUCGGCAGAAAACCCUCUCAAUAGGUAUUAUGAAGGAGCAGUUAGAGAGUUCUACCGCCCUUGCCGUGGGUGAACUGAUGAAAGGUUUCGACUCAGCGAGUAAGACGACAAUUGCUUUGUUUUCAUCGCAACUGGAGGGUGAGCAGCAAAUAAAUGAAAAACUUGUGGAACGUGUGCAGAAUCUUCUCCGGGGUGCGCUUCAGGCCCUUCAGGUGUACUCGCAGAGGGCUCUAGAUGCCGACCUCUCGGCAUUGAAAAAGGACGUUACUAUUGCCCGUCUGCAGAGUUCUCUUUCCUUUUAUCAGAAUGCAUCCCUUCGCCAUCAUGAAGAGGUGCUUUCUCUUAUCGAUAUGGUGCGCAUUUUGGCUUCAAAGGGUAAGGAUGCAGACCAUGUGAGUUCACAACUUCGUCAAGCAAAGGCCCACGUACGCCUCCUUGAGAAACAUUUGGACCUUAGUGGUGUUGUGCAUGCUAUAGUUCCCCCAGAUUUCGUGCCCGUACAGCCGGGAACGGAGCCGCCGAAUCCAGCGUUGCAGCGUACCGCACCGGAGUACUUUGCCCUACGACUACUGCAGCACCGUGAUGUGACGUUAUCUGAGCUUGUCGAUGCGUGGCAGCGGCAGGAGUCACGUAUUGCGGAGGCGGAGGCGAAAUAUGUCGCUCUUAAGGAGUCAGUUGCCGUGUUGCGACGGGAGGCGCUGACAGUCCAUGAGCACUUCAUUGAGGAGCGGCAGAGGCGGGAAGUAGUGGAACACAGGUUGGCGGAUUUGGUGCGUGAGCGUAUUCAUCCCAGUGGUAGUGAAUCGCUUUCGCAGCAGCUGACGCAACUGCGCAUGGACUAUACAAGGGCUCUCGAUAACUCCGUUCAGAUGGCGACAUCUCUGAAUAUGGCGCGGGAACAGUUGUCUGACGAGAGGGCCAAGUGCGCGGAGUUGGAAAGAACCGUCCAGCAAUUGAAAGAUGAUUCGGAUGCAGGUAAGGUGGUACACACGGUGGCUGCACUGCGACGGUACUAUGAGGAGGAGGUUUCUCGUUUACGGAAUGAUACAGUAAAUGCAGAAACGCAAUGUGCGCUGGCCGUCGCGCAAGCCGAAACGCAGCAACGAGCAACAAGAGAGGUAGAGGAAGCACUUAAGAUAACGGAGCGCACAAUGACUGAUGUUUCAUCCGCUCUGCAACGUGUCGAUUCCAAGCGAGUUGACGACAAGGGGAGAAGACAUCAGGGCGGGAGUGGUGUCGUACAGUCAGGUCAACUGGCUGCUGAAGUCAAGGACGCGGUUUCACGGAGUGAAGCACACUUUCAGAAGGCAAUAACCUCCUUUGAAGCAAUGUUGAAUGAUAAAGCAGCGCAACGUGAGGAGGACUUGCGUGCCUUUGGGCAGCAGGUUUUGCGGCUGAUCGCAACGUUUGAGUCACUGCAAUCGGUUGCUAGCGCCGCGAACGAUCGUUCGGAAAACGCUGCCGUUGUUGUGGAUGUGACAAUGGAGAGACACCAACGUGACGAAAUUCGCUCUUUGCUGCGGGAGACCUUGGCGCAGACAUUACAUUUCUUAUCAAAUAAACUUGAGACAACUCAGAUGACGGAGACCAAUUUGUUGGAUGCUGCCAUCAACGACGGGCAAAACGUGAGUAUGCUACUGGACAAGGUGCGUGAGGUAACUAAAGAACGAGAUUUGGCAUUGGAACGGCUUGCCCGCUGCGAGCAAUUGAUUGAUCAGCAUGGUUUGGUUGCGAUGGAUCGUGUGCUGAUGCACGAAGCACCGGUAGACAAUUCGCUUGACGCUGUGGAGGCUUCCGAGCAGAUAGCAGCAAUGCGGGAACAACUUACAUCACUUCAGGCUGUGCGAGAUGCAGCCAUGACCGAAUUGGCAGCAUUACGGGAAGAAAAGCAAAAUAUUAGCGAGGAUGCCGAACACACUGCUCUGCAACUGAAGCUACUGAAGAACCACAACAGCGACCUUUUGUCGUCGUUGCAGGAACAUCUCACACGCGAGACAACCCUGGUAGAGCAACUGCAUCGUCAGCAACGACAACUCCAACAGAUUGCUGCGGACGGUGAACAGUCACCUCCAGCCAGCAACCCCGAAGAGCGUGUGGAAUGCAUGAAGGGACCACUUGGACAACAGCUAGAGGAACUGUGUAGUGGAUUCACUGCUGUGAAAGAGCAGCUCGUGUAUUUGUCGGAAACAAUACCGGGGAACAGUGGAGAAAAGGAAGCCAUAGAGUCUCAUUUACUUCGAUCUGGCGUGAGGCAGGUGGCGGAUACGUUGCGGCAGGCGCUGCAGCGGGCGGAGCUGUUCCGAAACUCCCUUCAAACAGAGACAGCGGCUUUAGAUGUUGCGGAGGAAACGGAACCAUUGCAGGGCGCCGACACGGCAACCGAAGGCGAGCAGGGACAGUUAGCCGCCCUGAAGGAGCAGUUGGCUGCCGCAAUGAGUGCGCACGAGUCGCUCAUUAGAGGAAGAGAUGAAGAGUUGGCGCGUUUGCGUGCAGAGCUUGCGGCUUCUGCGAGUAGAGAGGAGUCGCUACGUAAGGGCCACGAGGAGUUACAAAAACAGAAUGCCGAUAUUCAGGAAAAGGCGAUGCGACUACUGCACGUCAACAAGCAACUUGUGGAGAGAGUCAAAACCAGUCGAACUGAAGGAGAAUCCCAGUCCAGUUGA